AGGUAAAAGACCUCAGGGAUGGGGUCCCCUGCCAGUGUCCCAAGGGGUGGGUACUGCUGCCUGGUGUCCUGAGCACCCUCUGGGACCUUAGGACUUUGGGGUGAGGGAGGCAGGAGUGUCUGGGACUGGCACAGCCAGAUGGACAGACCCUUAUAUUGACCAAUGGGUCUGUCCUGUAGGGUUGAACCAGAGGAGAGAGGAUGGGACACUUGAUUCUGUACCUGGAGGGAAAGGGAACUGUGGGGAAGGGGUGCUGCUGGGGCCUCUGACCUCAGAUGCCCACAGCCCAGCCCAAGCAGACUCUGGCAGGACAAGAAUACCCCCUCCCCCGUCAGCUCCACACUCAUACACGCACACACCUGAUAGCCCCAGUGGGCCCAGGAGCACCAGGGAACACAACACACAGCAAAGUCUCAUACAGCACAGGAAGAAAUACACAGAGUGCACAUACCCACACGGUAGUGUCACCCAGAGCGCCACAGACACACCACACAGACAGUGUAAUCACCCAUGCAGCAUUGCCCUGUGACAUGACACAUGGACACACGGACACACACCCAGUGAUACAGUAUUCACAGACACACAAAAUAUACAGAGCCCAUAGUACACAGACAUGCCUACAAUACCCAGACUCACACAAAAGCACAACAUGGCACAAAUAUGAACACGGACUCACACACCAUGCCACAGAGGGAGCCCCAAUGGGCAUAUUUGUAACACCAGCACUGUGCCUUGAACAUAGUAGCUGUUCAGAAAAUACUGGGCAUGUUCAACACAGGCAGAGACACACAAUAUAGAUGUGCCCCAAUGAGGGUGGGGCGGCUGGGCCAAGGGCUUGGUGGGACACUGACUCAGACUGGGAGGGUACAGCGCUCAGGACGCGGUGGCAGCCGUCACAAGCCAGGACCUGCCUGCUGAGCCACUCCUCAUCUCAGCCAUGCCUGGUGUCCUGGCAUAGGAGGGCAUGAGAGGAAUGGGGAGCAGUGGAGAGACUGCCCCAUGGGCUCAGGCUACAGCUCUGCUCCGCUCAUGGCCAAGCCAUGGGCCCCUUGCCACGUCCACACGCCCCUCGGGGCUGGGCAGAUGUUUUCCUUCCGGAGUCACCAUGGCACCUGAGCAGCCAGAGCUGCUCUGCCAGCCCUGGGCCUCCACUGCUGGGACCCCAGCCAAGUCUUGGGCCGGGAGUGGGGGGACCCAUUCAACCAGAGCAGAGGGGCCCAGGGGCUCCGGGCAGGGCAGGCAGUAGGGGAAUCCCUGAGCUGGAAGCCUCAGUGGGAGUGGGAGUGGGUGUAGCGGUUACCUCGAGGGGCGGGGAGAGGGGGAGGAAGUUGGGGGUGUUUGCUGGGGAGGAGGUUGCCUCAGACAGGAAGGCCAGAUGGGCCAGGGCAGGGUGGAGGUGAAGCGUGGAGGGACGGGACCCAGGCUGGAGGUUCCCUGUGCAGAGAGUACUGGCUUUGGGGGUGAUACCCUGUCCCUACCUUCAAGGAGCUCACAACCCAAGGGAGCCACGUGUGCCCAGCUGGGGCAUGGCCCCCAGCUGAUGCCCCAGAGGGGCCACCCAUCUCAAGAGGGGCUGCUCUGGGCCCUGCCCUCCCUACCCAUGGCGCAUGGGUCAGAACCUGACAUCGACGGGCUGCUGGACCUCAGCUUCCUGACAGACGAGGAGCAGGAGGCCAUUGCUGAAGUCCUGAAGCGAGAUGUCCACCUGCGCCAGCUGGAGGAGGGGCGGAUCAGCAAGCUCCGGGCCUCAGUGGCAGACCCUGGGCAGCUGAAGGUCCUGACAGGUGACUGGUUCCAGGAAGCACGGUCCCAACGGCACCACCAUGCCCACUUCGGCUCUGACCUUGUCCGAGCCUCUAUCCGCUGGAAGAAGAGCUCUAGGGGUGAGAGGAGGCCCCCAGAGCAGGGUGACCAGGCUCUGGGCAGCGAUGGAGAAAAUGAGACUUCUGGGAAAGAGAAAGAGGAGCUGGAGCCCGGGCUCCUCAUAGAUGAGGUCCCUCAACACAGCCUCAGCGAGGCUGAGGGGCCUGAUUUCCCCUCACCAUCUGUGCCCCCAAAGGCUUCUGAUUAUGAGGAGGAGCUUAAGGCCCAGGAAGCCCCCUGCUCAGGGGGCGUGCAGGUCUCCUCGGAGGAGGCGGAUUGGGACCUGCCUUCGCGGGGAGAGAAGGAGCCGCGGCCCCAGCCAGCCCAGGCAGAGGCGGCGUCCGAGACCCUGGAGAACGGGGAGGAGGCCCUGGGACCCGGGCCUUCACUCGACCGCAUGCUCAGCAGCAGUUCGUCGGUGUCCAGCCUCAACUCCUCCACGCUGAGCGGCAGCCAGAUGAGCCUGUCGGCGGAGGGAGAGGCGGGCGCUCUGCAGGUGCGUGGCUCUGUGCACUUCGCGCUGCGCUAUGAGCCCGGCGCCUCGGAGCUGCGCGUGCACGUGAUCCAGUGCCAGGGCCUGGCGCCCGCCCGGCGCCGCCGCUCGGACCCGUACGUCAAAAGCUAUCUCCUCCCGGAUAAGCAGAGCAAGCGCAAAACGACGGUGAAGAAACGGAAUCUGAAUCCCGUCUUCAACGAGACUCUCCGGUACUCCAUCCCUCAAGCCGAGCUCCGGGGCCGCGUGCUGAGCCUGUCCGUGUGGCACCGAGAAAGCCUAGGUCGCAACAUCUUUCUGGGAGAAGUCGAAGUGCCCCUGGACACGUGGGACUGGGACUCUGAGCCCACCUGGCUCCCCCUGCAGCCCCGGGUUCCGCCCUCCCCCGACGAGCUUCCCAGCCGCGGGCUGCUGUCUCUGUCCCUCAAGUACGUCCCCGCGGGCUCCGAGGGCGCAGGACUGCCCCUGAGCGGGGAGCUGCACUUCUGGGUGAAGGAUGCUCAGGACCUCGUGCCUCUUCGCUCAGGAUCCCUGGAUACUUAUGUACAAUGCUCAGUGCUGCCUGAUGACAGCCGGGCCAGCCGCCAGCGGACAAGGGUAGUGCGCCGCAGCCUCAGCCCUGUGUUCAACCACACCAUGGUUUACGAUGGCUUCGGGCCUGCUGACCUGCGCCAGGCCUGUGCUGAGCUCUCCCUCUGGGACCAUGGGGCCCUGGCCAGCCGCCAACUGGGGGGCACACGCCUCAGCCUAGGCACCGGCAGCAGCUACGGGCUCCAGGUGCCCUGGAUGGAUUCCACACCUGAGGAGAAACGGCUAUGGCAGAUGCUUCUGGAGCGGCCAUGUGAGUGGGUGGAUGGCCUUCUGCCCCUCAGGACGAACCUGGCUCCCAGGUCAUAGCCGCACCACAUGUCGCAUCACACCUCUCUCUCUGGACCCCCAUCUCAGGGCCUGCCCUUGGCUAAAGUCAAUAAAGUCUAUUCUCAGGGCAACAAGGAGCUGAUGUCUGCUGGGGGAGAGGGUGACGGCAGGAGACAGGGAAGUGAAGGGGGCUUGGGACAGAUGAAGGAACUUCAGGCUCAAACACAAACACCCCAGGGGGCUAGUCCCAGCGUGCCCAUACACAUACACCUCAGACAUCAGCAAGACAAGCGUAUAAAAACAUUUUGU